AAUCAUGAUCACCAUCCUUCUCAUCGUUUCCUCUCUCAUCUUGUCAUUUUACUUUGUGCUCAACAAGAAACCCAAAGCUCUAAACUUGCCUCCGGGGCCACCAAAGCUGCCUCUAAUCGGUAACUUACACCAGGUGGCCGGAGCUCUUCCACACCGUGUUUUCCGUGACUUGGCUAGCCGGUAUGGCCCCAUCAUGCACGUCAAACUCGGCCAAAUCAAUAGUGUCGUCAUCUCAUCACCUCGGCUAGCCAAAGAGGUGUUGAAAACCAAUGAUAUCGCCAUCGCUGACCGCCCAUAUGUGCUUUUAGCAGAGUUGGUACUCUCUGGUAACCAAGGCAUCGUCCUCGCUCAGUAUGGUGAGUACUGGAGACAAAUGAAAAAGAUCCUUUCCUUGCAACUCCUUAGUGUUAARAAAGUGCGAUCUUUCCAAARGAUCAGAGAACAAGAGAUUGGUCGUAUGUUGGAGGCUUUCCGGUUAUCAAGUGGAAAGCCCGUAAACAUCCAUGCAAAGGUUGCUCAAGGUAUUAAUAGCGUUGUGUGCAUAUCAGCAUUUGGGAGUAACUGUAGACAGCAGCAUCGUCUGAUAGAGUUCAUGGAAGCGAUGGAAAGAGAAACAAGCGGGAUGUCGGAUAUGUUUCCUGAUUUGGAGUUCCUUGACAAAUUCAAAAGGAGGUCUAGGGUUAUGCAGCUGAAGAAGACUUAUGAUGAUCUCCUUGAUGACAUUUUGGAUGAGCACCGACAGAGAAAAAGAGAUGGUGAUCAGGCAGAGGAAGAGGAAGGACUUCUUGGUUCUCUUCUAAAGAUUAGAGAGGAAGGUGGUCUUGAGUUUCCCAUCACCAACGACGUCUUGAAAGCCUUGUUUUUGGAUGUGUUUGCAGGAGGCACGGAUACGUCAACAGCAACAGUUGAAUGGGCAAUGACAGAACUGAUAAAACAUCCGACUAUAAUGAGCAAGGUACAAGCUGAAAUAAGAGCAGCCCUCAAGGGAAAGACAGUAAUUACAGAGGCAGACUUACAAGAUUUAAGCUAUAUGCAGUGUAUUAUAAGAGAAACUCUAAGGCUUCACCCUCCGUUCCCUUUAUUAGUCCCACAUGACUGUAGGGAACAAUGUAAGAUUGAUGGUUAUGAUAUACCUGUCAAGUAUCGAGUGUUCAUCAAUGCAUGGGCAUGUGCGACUCAUCCUGAAUACUGGGAGGACCCAGACAGCUUCAAACCGGAGAGAUUUCAGAAAACAUCGGUUGACUUUUUAGGAAACGAUUAUCAGUUCCUUCCAUUUGGGUCUGGGAGGAGAAUAUGCCCUGGGAUUUAUUUCGGUUUAAGAACAACGGAGUUGUUUCUUGCUCAAAUGCUUAACAACUAUGACUGGAAGCUCCCUCAUGGAUUAACCCCUUCCAACGUUGAUACCGCUGAGACCUUAGGAGGAGGAGUUUUGGUAACGAAGAAAAAUUCUUUACAUUUGAUUCCUACACUUUAUUCUCCCGUCGAUUGAUCAUAUAUAUGAUCACCCUACCUGCAUGCCAUGCAAAUCCUUAGUCUUUUGUUUCUAUCGUUUUAAUUGUUCAAAUAACACAAAUGAAAUAAAGUAAUUAAUAUUUCUC